ACGUUUCGUUUCAUUUUAUGUAUGGGGGCGGGUCUCUUUUUUCAAACUUCAAGUACUGUGUUUUGAGUUUUUACCCUCCGUUUCUGCAAAAAAGAACUUUUCAAUUAUGGCAAGUGAUCCCUUAAAAUCUGACACAGAUAUAGCUGAAGAAGCCGUAACUGCAACAAGUGCUGUAGAAGGCGUGUUGGGCAGUAGAGGGGAUAUUGCAAGGAAAGCUGCCGACCGCUUACUUGGUAAUAAGGAGGAAGACAGUCUGAAGUAUUUGCUAUUUGUGCAACUGUCUGCAAGUGUUGCCGUGUUUUCUCUCCCAAAGCUCAACGAUUAUGUCAAGAACAAUUCUGGUCCACUGAAGCCUGCUAUCCAGACUAUUGAGUCUACGGUUAAGACCGUGGUUACACCUAUCUAUCCUACGUUUGAGGAUGUUUUCAAUAAGGUUCUCAAGUUUGCAGACAACCAGAUUGAUGCAGCUAUCACUGUUCUUAAUCCCUAUAUUCCCACAGCUGUCAAGAAUCUGUAUACCCACCUUCAUUUAUUCGUUUGUGUUUUGGCUUUGGCAUUUCAAAUUUAUAAGAAGAUGAGUGCUUCUGGUUUGGGAGAACUUUUGGCAUUCCUCGAGCAAAUUAUUAAGUUCCUUGGAAUUUAGGUGCCACACUCUGCACCAAUUGCUUCCAACUGAGCAAGAUGAUGAUGCGCUCAAGAAUGCAUGUUGGAUUUGAUUAUAUAUGUAUUGUGAGCUUUUUCAUUGUACUUGUCCUAUGUAUUCAGACUAUGUUUUCAGUCGUGAGUUAUGAAUGUUCAUAAUGAGAAUAAAUGGCCAAUAUCUAAUUAUGUAUAAAUUUCAGGAUUUAAUUGAGAUCUAAAGAUUUUGUUGAGAAACAA